ACAAAAACAUGGCGUGAUUAUUGGCAAAAAUUAAAUAGACAAAACCCCACAGCAUUAAUUAGUUUUUGCAGAGAGUGUGAUUGGUGUAGAAAACUCACCGAUAUACGUUAAGCCGUGGGUAUUACUGGGUAUUCAAAUACUCUCUCUCUCUCUCCUUCCAAGGUCAUCUUCUCCACCACAAUCAAUCUUUUCAAUUCUCUUCAUUUUUCAUUUGUGUGUGCUAUUUAAUUAACGUCUUCGAUGGAAAACUUGUUGGGUCUUCUGAGAAUUCACGUCCACAGAGGCGUAAACCUUGCUAUCAGAGAUGUCAGCAGCAGCGAUCCUUACGUUAUUAUUAGAAUGGGCAAACAGAAAUUAAAGACAAGCGUGAUAAAGAAGAAUGUCAAUCCUGAGUGGAAUGAAGAUCUGACACUUUCUAUUGCAGACUCAAAUCUCCCAAUCAAGCUAGCAGUAUAUGACAAGGAUACAUUCACCAUGGAUGACAAAAUGGGAGAUGCAGAAUUUGACAUAAAACCAUUUGUGGAAGCCGUAAAGAUGCGCUUGCAUGACCUCCCAAAUGAAACCAUAAUCACAAAAAUUAGACCAAGCCGAGAAAACUGCCUAGCUGAAGAGAGCAACAUCAUCUGGACAAACGGGAAAGUUGUUCAAAACAUGGUUCUCAGGCUCCAGAAUGUCGAGCGAGGUGAAGUGGAACUCCAGCUGCAGUGGAUUGAUGUUCCUGGUUCCAGGGGUCUGUCCAUGUAAUGUGCUUUUGCCUGUUUAUUGCUGCCCUUGUGCACAGAGGUUUGCAGUGUCAUAACAUGGCUCAAAGUGGGUAUUUCAGUUAGUUCCUUUGUUCAUAGGCAAGGGAAAAUAAAGAGUCAUGGUUUUAUAUGGUCUUGUUCCCCUAGAUAUUGAUGUCAAUGGUAAGACGAAGGUUGUCGUAGUGGUAAAAUUGUUCUUUAACAACUUAACGUCAAUAGUUCAAAUUUUACUUUUUUGCAAGCAGAGAUUAAACUAUGUAAAUCUUAUAAACAUAGACCCUUGAAAACUUUGUGCACUAGGCUUUUUGUUUUUUAUAUGGAUGUUGACGAUGUGGGUUGUAACUAAACAGUUUGAAAUAUUUUUGAAUUAUGUUAUAUUAAUAGGAAUUUUUUUUCAGGUUUUAA